AUGGCGACGCCGCCGAGGCCGCGCGAGAGCGCCUUGGACGCGCUGAUGUCUCGCGCUCGGCGCGGCGUCGAUGCGUCGUCGACGCGCGGGAAGAAACGACCGAGAGCGCGUGGGAACGCGGCGAGUGGGACGUCGACCGCGAGCGCGCUGGUGGAGUGUCCACUGUGUGGACGCUCGAUCGCGCGCGCGAUCGCGAACGCGCACGCGAGCGAAUGCGAGGGUGAGGGUUCGUUGAAGGGAUGCGGGCGGUUGGCGAGCUCGGAGAAGCGACGGGAGGUGGUUGAUGAUUUCAGAGGACGGAGAGCGCACACGGGCGCGCGAACGACGGGAUGGGUGGCGAAGGAUGAUUUAGCGGGUGGGUGGAUCGAUAGGCGCGACGGAGGAGGAGCGACGGUGGGCAAAUCAACGCCGGUAGACGCGGAAGGGACGAAGGACGCGUUCGCAGAGAUGGCGCGCGCGAUGAAACGCGUCGGCGCGGUUAAAAUGUCGGGACAUUUUUUACUCUUAGAUUUCAUCACGGAGGAUGAGGAGCGUGCGAUCGUGGAGUACCUCGAUGCUGACACGAGUAGGCCUUGGAAGGAUUCGAGCUUUAACGGCGCGCACGAGGGGAAGAAAUACGGGGUGGAGCCGAACCUUUUGAAGCGGACGGUGGAGCCCACAAAGGUGCCCAUUCCGAAGAUUCUGAAACAGCUCGUGAUCAAAAAAUUCGCGUCGGCGCACGAAACGCUCCGACGUUUCGAACCGAACGAGUGCAAUGCCAUCAACUAUAGAAAAGAUCUGGGCAGCGUCUUGACGCCACACUGCGACGACCGACAACUCUCGAGCGAUAUCUUAGUCAAUCUCAGCCUGGUGUCGGACUGCACGAUGACGUAUAUUCACGAGAAACACCCGGAGAGACGAGUCGAGGUCUACCUACCGCGCCGGUCGCUUCAAAUCCAGUCGGGAUCGACGCGAUACGACUACAUGCACUCCAUAGCGAAUGAAAACCUCCACGGCGAUCGAAGGGUGAGUGUGACGUUUCGCGAGUCCGGCGCUUUCACCGCCAAAAAGAAGUAG